AUCCCCUUUUCAAAUAUAUUGAGUUCGUAUUAAAUGACUCGUUCGUUAAUAUCAUCUUCAUCAUCCUUUUGUAAAACAUAAUCUAGGGCUAUGAGUAGUGUCAAUGGUGCAAUGGUCAAGUCACAAGACGUACGAAAUACCAUUUUUGCUCUGCUCUGUUGUUUUUUGUAAAAUCUUUCUUCUUUCUCCUUUUAUGGCCAACUCAAUCUUGUUCCUUUCCUUCAUCUUUGGUCUCCCUUUCAUUGUUGAUUCAGUUAACUUUAGGUUUACUAAUUUUCGUCCAGGUGAUCCUGAGAAUGUGGUUUACCACGGGGAUGCAAUACCUGAUGGGGCGGUAAACUUCAACAACGUAGAGUAUAUAGCUCGUGUUGGUUGGGUUACUUAUGCUGAGAAAGUGCCUUUCUGGAAUCCUAAAACUGGUAAGUCUACAGAUUUUAAUACCAGUUUCUCCUUUAGAAUUGAUACACGUAACCUUUCAAAUUACGGUCAUGGGAUCUGCUUUUUUCUUGCUCCUGUUGGAAUUCAACUCCCUGUGAACUCAGCUGGUGGUUUCUUGGGUCUUUUUACUCGAAUCGAAGAUUACAAAUCUUCGUUUCCGCUUGUUCAUAUCGAGUUUGACUCAUUCAGUAACAAAGAAUGGGAUCCUAGUACUGUUGGAUCUCAUGUGGGAAUCAAUAAUAACUCGCUUGUUUCGUCUAACUACACUUCUUGGAAUGCAAGCUCACACAGCCAAGAUAUUGGUCAUGCAAAGAUCUCCUAUAACUCUGUUACUAAGAACUUGAGUGUGUCUUGGGCUUAUGAAUUGACCUCUGAUCCUCGGGAGAGUUUAGGCAUUUCUUAUAUCAUUGAUCUUGCAAAGGUUUUGCCACCAGAUGUUACGGUCGGGUUUUCAGCCGCUACUGGAUCAAACAUAGAGGGACAUAGACUUUUAUCAUGGGAGUUCAGCUCAAGUUUGGAUAGUGAGAAAGCCUCUAUCAGGAAAGGACUGAUAGUUGGCAUUUCGGUUUCUGGGUUUGUUUUUCUGUUCUCUUUGGUCACAAUUGUGGUUGUCUUGUUGCAGAAGCAUAGAAAGAGAAAAGCAAAAGAGAUAAAAGAUUUGGUAUCGUUAAACGAAGACCUUGAACGGGAUGCAGGACCACGGAGGUUUGUUUAUAAGGAUCUUGUUAUAGCAACCAACAAAUUCUCAGCCCAGAGGAAGCUGGGUGAAGGAGGGUUUGGAGCCGUUUAUAGAGGAACUUUUGGGUACAUGGCUCCAGAAUACGUGAUGGAUGGAAGGGCAAGCAAGGAAUCUGACAUCUAUAGCUUUGGAAUUGGUAUACUAGAGAUUGUCACAGGGAAAAAGUCAGUUGAUCAUUCUGAAGAAAACAUUGAGACGAGUCUUGUGGAGAGAGUGUGGGAUUUGUAUGGAAGACAAGAACUUAUGUCAGCCAUUGACAAGAAACUCGGUGAGGAUUUCGAUAAGAAUCAAGCCGAGUGUUUACUGGUUGUGGGGUUAUGGUGUGGUCAUCCUGAUAGAAACUCAAGGCCUUCUAUAAAGCAAGCGAUCCAAGUACUGAACUUGGAGUCACCAUUGCCUCAGCUUCCUCCGAAGAUGCCCUCUGCUACGUUUCACAUCUCACCUUCUUCUUCUCUCUUGCUUAGCUCAAACAGAGUUUCAGUCAUUCAAGUUAGUCGGGAGCAGAUGAUGAGAGAUGAGGAAGAUCUUGGUGGCCUUUGCGGUUCAGAAACUUGAGUGUAGUCCGAACUUACAUAAUUGUCAAAGAUUUUGUCUGUGUGUGUAUGUGUACAGUGUACUAUGUGGUUUUGUUUUUGCAUGAUUUCUAUUUUAUAUGACUAGGAGGAUUUAUCUUUUCCUCCUGUUUAAUUUUGAUAGUUUAUCUUUGCCUCGGCCUGUUUUUUUUUUUUAAUCAAAGUAUUUGCUCUGU